UGGCUAUGUGAUCGUAAACAUAACCUAGAGAAGUAAAUUCCUAAUCUAAAUUAAUUAAUUGUAAAAAUGAAGAUAGCACAUAUUCCGCUGUAACUUAACAAUAUCAUUCCAUUUUGACACUAACAUCAAGAAAACUUUUGUUGCAAUUAUCAGUAAACCUGACACCAAGUAUAAUAAUUUUCAUUUAAAUGACUCAAAACUAUGAAUUCAGUACUAACUAACAGUUUGAUUAGGAUUAGGCCUACAUUUUAUCAUCUUAAAGGUGCUGUCAUUGCCGUCGGGGUUAUUUGCACUAUUUACAAAUUUCCUACCAUUAAAAGUUGUAUGAGGAAACUCUUUUGGAAACUGAGAGGGAUUAAAACAUUUGAAGUAUAUAAACCAAAACAUGAACCCGUAAUAGUUUCUUCAGUAUCAGAGGUUAAAAUUGGAGUGGAAACCUUAAGAAGAAAGAUAAAUGAGAAGCAGAUGUGGAUACUGGGAAUGGACUGUGAGUGGGUUUCUACAGGAAAACGGAGACAUAGAGUAGCACUUCUACAACUUGCAGCCCCCGAUGGCUUUUGUUCCCUUUUUCGUCUCUCUUCUUUAAAUGAUAUCCCAAGAGAUCUUGAGGAACUGCUGGAGGACAGAACCAUUUUAAAAGUAGGAGUGGCAGUGAUAGCGGAUGCUAGGUAUCUGUAUGCUGACUACGGCGUGAAGUGCGUAAGCUGUCUAGACCUGCGACACCUAGCAAAACAGGUUGAUGUAGACCCAAAAGGACUGUCGAGACUUGCCCAAGACUUGUUGGGUGUAAAACUAGACAAGGAUUGGCGAGUGAGUUGUAGCGAUUGGGAGGCAGAAAGUCUAACUGCAAGGCAGAUAGAGUAUGCUAGUGCUGAUGCUUGCGUUGCUGUCGAUAUAUUCAACAAGUUGAACAAUAAAGCUAUCUGCAAGAAGUUUAGUUUAUGGAAAAGAAUGUUCUGGAGCAAAGAGGAGUUUUGGCAACACACCCUAGAGCUUUGGACUCCGUAUGUUGGUGAUAACUUCAAGGACAAGCCGAGAGGUAAUGGGGAGGGGGGAGGGACAGCGAGUGCCAGACGCAACAAGCCAGGGUCUGGUCAGACGAAGGUCAGCAAGAGACAUUACAGCAUGAUGCUUCAGCAAGAGCACUACAGCAACAUACUGCUGCUGGCUCCAGACAGUCAGGUGCUCAGUACCAUCAGCCAGGCUAAAGCUGACUGGUACAAAGAAAAGGAACUGGUUACUGUGAUCGAUGAAAAAACGCUAAAAUUAAAAUUUGAACCGUCAAAACGAUCGACAGACCCUGACCACUACUACACUAAGCCUAAGGAGAACAGAUGUGUUGUGUGCGGGACUAGAGAGGAACUGAGACGAAAAAACAUUGUGCCCAUUGAGUACAAGAGAUACUUCCAAGAUGACAUGAAGAAUCAUCACUCGCACGACGUUUUGCUCAUGUGUUACAACUGCCACAAUCGUAGCAACAUCCAUGAUCAAGAUUUGAAAGAGAGAUUGGUAAAUGAAUGUGGUGCUCCACUUGCCGAAGGCGACAACAAAAAGGCUCAAGAAGUUCCGCGACUGAGAGCAAUAAGGAGUGCUGCCCGGGCUCUCUAUUACUUUGGUGAUGUUAUACCAGUUCAGCGGAGAACGGAAUUGGAACAAGUUUUACUCAACGAACUCCAAGUCCCUUCUGAACAGCUGACCAAGGAAUUCUUCAAAAGCCUUAUUAAUAUUGAGUGUGUAGUGGAGAAUGAAAGUUACCAACCACACGGCCUGGCGGUAGUGCAACACUUCUACAAGACUACGGACGGUAUUGAGGCUCUGGAGAGACGAUGGAGACAACACUUUCUGGACACAAUGUCUCCGUCCUACCUUCCUGAGAAGUGGUCCGUCAAUUACGUCAGGGACUAACAUCGCGGUUCACAAAAUCUACUGCUAUGUGUGUUAUACAGGAGGGUCUUGAUCUCGUGUUAGUUUGUGUGCAUUGAAAAUACAUUUGAAGCAGGAGUAUGUUUUAAUAAUCAUUUUAAAAACAUCAAUGGUGAAAUUGAUUUGUCAGUGUUGGGUAAUAACAAAGAGUGUAUGAUAAAGAAUUUUCUUUUUUAAAAUGUACAUAUGUGGACUAUAUGUAAUAUUUCUUAAAAGAUGUGCUCGAAAACCCACGAAGAUAAAUUUGUUCUUUUAAAUGUUACCUUGCAAUACAGUAAGUUGAAAACUAGGAAAUUUAAAAUUCAAGAUGUACAUUGGGCUAAGUUAAAUGAAUUAAAAUCACUAUUAUAUAUUUUCCUUCAGGUACAUUACCAUUUUGGCUUUUUGUAUAGUUUUCAUUUUCAUCCGUGGCUAUUUGAAUUUCACAAAUUGUGAAUACUUAUAGGCGUGAUCUGUGGAUGCAAUACUCCCUGGUGUG